AUGGCGUUCCUCUUACGGCGGCCCUUCGCCAUCCCAGCAACCAUCAAGCAGUCCGUGACAAGGACAUCGCAGCUCUCAGUGCGCGCCCUCCACAACACGCCACUGAAGCAGCACCCGCACUUGUUCAAGUCGAAAGCACCCACACUCACCACCGCCACCAAUGUCUCCAAGUUCCAGUCCGCAUUCCGUCGCUCGUACCAGCAGCAGGCCAUCAGCAACCCGCUCGCGCAGGGCGAUGCGCGACAGCGCCUUCUCUACGGCGCUGGCAUCUUCGGCGCAACCCUGCUAGGCAUCAACCUGAUCUUCAACCGCGAGACACGCGAGGAUGGCGGCAUGCCGCCUUUCGAGCGCGCCUACCUCAACGACACAUUCCUGCACACUGGCCUGGGUAUCGGAAUCAUUGGCAUCGCCGCGCGCGCCAUGCACAUGAAUGGCUGGUCGUUCAGACUCAUGGCCGCCAACCCGUGGCUGGUCAUGGGCGUUGGUCUCGCUGCUAGCAUUGGAACCAUGUACGGCACCAUGGCUACCAACCCUCAGAACUACGCUCAGAAGUACGCACUGUGGACCGCCUUCAACGUCACUCAAGCCGCGCUCCUCGCACCGCUCUUCUUCAUGCACCCCGCUAUCCUCGCUCGCGCCGGUCUCUACACCGCCGGUCUGAUGGGCUCGCUCGCAUUCGUCGGCGCCACGGCCAAGACUGACAAGUACAUGUACCUGGGCGGCCCGCUGCUGGCGGGCGUCGCCAUCGUCGCGCUGUCCGGUCUGGCGCCCAUGGUGAUUCCCGCCACGGCCGCGCGCACACUGAUGUGGAGCGAGAACAUCUGGCUGUACGGCGGCCUCGCGGUUUUCGGCGGUUUCACACUGUACGACGUGCAGAAGAUCCUGCACCAUGCGCGCCAGGCAGAGCAGGGUCUCAGGCCCAAGGAUCCGGUCAACGAGUCCAUCCACCUCGAGCUGGACUUCAUCAACAUCUUCGUCAGGAUGGUGCAGAUCCUAGCCAUGCAGCAGAGCAGGAGGAAGUAA